GAUGACACAAAUCUCGAUUACAGAAACAAUCAAGGAACUUAAAUCUAUAAGAGAAUCAGGAAUUCGUAAUAGUAUUAGAGUGAUUGAGUUAGUAGAACGGAUUGGGUAUGAAGAUGCUCAUCGUUACCUUGGUGAAGAUUUGUGGGAUUUUUAUGAACAAGUUGCGAUUGCUGCAUUAGAUGUUAAAGACCAAGAACUUGCAAAGAGUUCUAUAGAUCGAUUAGAAAAGAGGUUUCCAGGAUCACCAAGAUGUUUAGUUUUACAUGGAAUGUUAUUGGAAUGUAAUCAAGAAUUCGAAUUAGCUAAAGAGUUUUAUGAGAUCGAGUUGAAGAAACCGAUCGAUUCGAAAUCAUCUUCUCAAGGUAACACAGGUGAAACUAAUCUUCGAAUUAGAAAACGAUUGAUCGCCUUACACUUGCAUAAUUCUCCUUUACCAGAAUUAGUGAAUCAAAACACUGGAAAACCAAUUAAAGAUCAAACUGAAGAUUCUAUCUUUUCAUUAAAAGAAGCCAUCAAUCUUUUAGUUCAACAUCUUGAUACCGUUUAUUCCGAUCCCGAAAGUUGGAUCCAGUUAGCCGAGACAUAUUGUACUUUAGGAUUGUAUGAUCAAGCUUUAAGUGCGCUAGAAGAUUUAAUCAUUCUUCAACCUGAUAACACAUUUCAUUUACUUCGGUAUGCCGAAACAGCUUAUACAGCUGGACAUUUUGAAUUGGCUUAUCAAACUUAUUUAAGAGUGAUCGAAUUGAGUGAAAAAAUUUCAGAUGCAUCAAAGUGGUGGACCAGUAAGAAGAGCAGCCAUUGGACUUAAACUAUGUAUUAAUAAAUUAGAAAAAGAUGUAAAGAAAGAUAGAUUAUCGAAGUUGAUUGAUGAAGAAUUAAUUAAAUGUUAUUCUAAAGAUUGGGUACCAUUACAAACUGGAUUAAGAGUGGCAUCUGAACCUAGUCGAAAAGCUUUGAAGGGAUGGAUUAGUCGGUUUUGAAAGGAUAGGUUUUGGAAAGAAGGAGUUGGGUUUUGAAGGAUGAUUGUAGUUUGGUAUGAUUAAUUGUAUGGAAAAUGUUGCGUGGUUUGAUGAGGUCUUUGGGGAUGAGAUCAUUAAUUAUUAGAAUCAAGUUUCUUUUCAUUAACAAGAUGAGUCGUGUGGACUUUGUAGAUCUUCAUUUUAUUUCAGUCUUGACACUGAUUGCAUGGUCUGAGAUUGUGUGAACAGACAAAAGUGUGUGAAUAAAACUUAUGGUACGAGCCAGAUUCCACGAU